AUGGGAUUUACUAAUAAGGAGCCGCCCGGGCCGACCGCCAGCCCCGCGCCGUCGCCCACUGCAAAUGGGUUUGCGCCCCAUAGCGACUCGCCAUCCCUGCAGAUGGCUCCGGACCACGCGCGCGGAUCCCCUGCGCCCCAGAAGCGGUCUUCGGAACGCAAACUACCCCUCCAAAGGCUGCCUUCACCGGAGAAUGAGCUCCCUGAGAAUCCGGCGGUGGUUUUGAGCACCAACAGCCCCGCUGCCCUCAAGAUGGGCAAGCAGCAGAUCAUCCCGAAGGGCCUUGCCUCGGAAAUUAAACUAAGUAAAUCCAACAGCCAGACGGUGGAGCCCCACAAGAGGGUCCUCAAGGUGCGCAGCAUGGUGGAGGGGCUGGCAGCGCCCUUUGGUCUAGCUGCGGACGAGGGCGAGGCGGAGAACGACCUGGACAGCCCGGGGUCUCUGCGGAGAGGCUUGCGGUCCACGUCGUAUCGCCGAGCAGUGUUCAGUGGUUUUGAUUUUGACAGCCCGGCUAACUCUAAGAAGAAGAACAGAAUGUCCCAACCAGUUCUGAAAGCUGUGAUGGAAGACAAAGAGAAGUUUUCUAGCCUUGGAAGGAUCAAGAAAAAAAUGCUGAAAGGACAAGGAACAUUUGAUGGGGAAGGCUCGAGCCCAUUGCUAGGGUCAGUGUGUACUUUGCAUGCCUGCCAACUUCAGAGGCUCAUCUUCCAACAGUCUAUCGAGCGGUAUUCUCAUAUGGUUGAUAGAGUUGUCAUCGAUAAUUGUGUGAAAAGAAAUGGACUAUCUCAGUCAGUUAGCCAGGAGGAAAGAAAGAGGCAAGAGGCUAUCUUUGAAGUCAUAUCCUCUGAACAUUCGUAUUUACUCAGCUUGGAUAUAUUGAUACGGAUGUUUAAAAAUUCUAAAGAACUCAGUGACACGAUGACCAAGACAGAGAGUCACCAUCUCUUCUCCAAUAUUACAGACGUCUCCGAGGCCAGCAAAAAAUUCUUCACAGAGUUGGAAGCAAGACAUCAGAAUAAUAUCUUGAUUGACGAUAUAAGCGACAUUGUAGAGAAACACACAGCCUCCACCUUUGACCCGUAUGUGAAGUACUGUACUAACGAAGUCUAUCAACAGCGGACCCUGCAGAAAUUAUUAGCCACCAAUCCAUCAUUUAAGGAAGUGUUAUCACGCAUUGAGAGCCAUGAAGACUGCAGGAACUUACCCAUGAUCUCCUUUCUCAUUCUGCCUAUGCAGAGGGUGACCCGCCUUCCCCUGCUGAUGGAUACUAUCUGUCAAAAAACGCCCAAGGACUCUCCAAAGUACGAAGUCUGCAAAAGGGCCUUAAAGGAAGUAAGCAAGUUGGUUCGACUGUGCAAUGAAGGAGCCCGGAAGAUGGAGAGGACAGAAAUGAUGUACACGAUUAACUCCCAGCUGGAAUUUAAAAUUAAGCCCUUCCCUUUAGUCUCCUCUUCCCGGUGGUUGGUAAAAAGAGGUGAAUUGACCGCUUAUGUAGAAGAUACUGUGCUUUUCUCAAAAAGGAUGUCUAAACAGCAAGUCUACUUCUUCCUCUUUAACGACGUUCUAAUUAUCACCAAGAAGAAGAGUGAAGAAAGCUUCAACGUCAAUGAUUAUUCGUUAAGGGAUCAGCUAUUGGUGGAGUCUUGUGACAAUGAGGACCUUAAUUCCUCUCCCGGGAAGAACAGUUCCACCAUGCUGUAUUCACGACAGAGCUCUGCCAGCCACCUCUUCACCCUGACAGUCCUGAGCAACCAUGCCAACGAGAAGGUGGAGAUGCUGCUAGGGGCUGAGACACAGAGUGAACGGGCCCGUUGGAUUACCGCCCUGGGACACAGCAGCGGGAAGCAGCCUCCAGACCGGACCUCACUGACCCAGGUGGAGAUCAUUAGAUCGUUUACUGCGAAGCAGCCCGAUGAACUGUCCCUUCAGGUGUCGGAUGUGGUCCUCGUUUACCAGCAAGUCAGUGACGGCUGGUAUGAGGGGGAACGGCUGCGAGAUGGAGAACGGGGCUGGUUUCCUAUGGAAUGUGCCAAGGAGAUAACGUGUCAGGCCACAAUCGACAAGAAUGUGGAGCGGAUGGGGCGCCUGCUAGGCCUGGAGACCAACGUGUAGCCCCUUGGACGACCUGUCGUUACUGCGCGAUUUGCACCUUGUGAUGGUGGGCUGAUUUUCUUGUUCGUUUUAACACAGCCCGUUUACUUCAAAGCAUGAAAACGCUUGCCUCAAAGCUUCCCGGUGAUUGCGCGCUCUCAGGAGAGCAGCCGCUGGGUAGAGCUCGUUCACACAGCUCAGUUUGUGCACACCGUCCGCUGCAAACCUCUCCAGAUGCACAGAGCCUGAGACUGCCCUUUCAGGGCUCAGGCGGCUCUGCUCCUAGGCUCUCCAGGUUGUGACAUAAAAAUGCAUCUGGGCUGCUGUGUCCUGGUUGUCUCCACCCUCACCCUUAGCUAGAGCCCUCCCGGCCCGUCUUUAAACAGCUCCUCUAAAUGGUUCUCCCUGGCCGGGUGAGAAUUUACAUCCUACAGGAAUAUCAAUAUUUUGCUGCCUCUAAUUUUCAAGACUUGAUUUUAAUGCUGAGUUCAUUUCAAACGUUGCUGGUAAAGUUCAGAGAGUGAGCUGUUACGUGUUUGGUUUUUUUUUUAAGUCUCUUCCCAGAAAAGGGAUAUUGGCACUUGAAUUUCAGACACCUUUUUCCCUUCAGUACAAGGAAAUAAGGACUCUUACUUAAGGGCUUGCUUUUUAUUUUUUAGAGUUCACCUCACCCAACGUUGGUCUUCUCAGACCUGACAGCACAGACAUUCGGUGAGCACCUGUGAGCAAAACUCCUGAGCACAAGGCCACGCCCUCCUUUGAAAACUAUUCCCUGAGGAGUUAAUACACGGACAGGACGCUGCCUGUCCUUCACUAAAGCAAGGGUUUUGGCCAUUCCUGCUCCCCCUGCCCAAUAGGAAAUUGGCUGCAACACACCUUCACAAGCUCAAGAAAUGGGAGAAAGGUAUUACACAGCCAGUAUGGUAGCUAGACGCAACCUGACGGUUUGGCCAUAACAGAAACGUCUCAUCGUGUUCUGCACAAAAGCCUCACUUGAUGAAUGUGGAGUCUCCCUUAACUGGAACUUUGGGCAGAAUUUUAUUUUGCCCACUGGUGUAGGGAGAGGCAAAAAGGUUAAAGGCUCGUGGGCCUGCUUAGCGGUUGGUGGUCCGAACCCACCCAGAGACUCCUGCUUCCCAGCGGUCUCCGCGUGCACAACCCUGGGAAGCAGUUCUGCUCCGCAGACACGACGUCCCGCAGGUUAAAGUAGACUCGGCUAACCACGCAGGGAGAAAGCACAGUCACCGCGGCCGUAGGCUGGCCUCACAGAGCAUUAAGGGGAGGCUGGAAUUCAGAGAGAGAGAAGUGACUAUUAUUCUUCCCUGGUUUCGCUCACUGCCCCAGUCUUUUCACAACGGGAUAAACAUCUGAAAGGUGUUCAUGUUAUCUAAAGAUUCACAUCUGUGUGGGACACAUCCCGACAAGUGUGCCUGGCUCACGCCCCGCCUCCUGCCAGCUGGGAGUGAGCAGAAAAGCAGUACAUUGGGGUUCCCCCACCCCCACCUGCUCUUUUUUGCUCUGCAAACAUUUCCUGUUUUAAAAGCCAAGUCCAGUCCCAAGCCCCUUGAAGUGUGGACGAGCCUGUCCAUGAAUACCAGGGGACCGACCGCAGCAGUGAUGUCUGGGGUUUUGUUUACAAGGGGUCUCUGCUAUAUUGGUUAUGUCAGCAAUUUUAUGAGAGGGGACACUAACAUGGUGUAAUCUAAUCUAAUGGGAGGUUUUCAUUUAGAAAGGGAACUAUAGUGUCACUUGCCAAGAGAUUGUUUUGUAUUAUUUUUGCUAAAACCUUUUGCUAAGAAGCAACUGCGUCGUGAAUCCUGUGAAUUAAUUUAUAAGUAGAAACACGAAGCCAUUUGGACAAUGUGUGCAUCUUCUACAUCAAACCCUUAUUUGCCAAGCAGAUUCGCCUUGUUGUUAGGUAAAGCUGUUAGGUGGCAGGUGCUUCACACAUUGACUGUGUUUCAUUUCAACUAUGAAUUGCCAUUUCUGCAGGACACAGGGUUCCCCCACCAAACUUAGUCCUACGAGUAGCUUCUCGGACAUGAACAGUGACUGCAUUCCAUGACCUGUGGAGGACAAGAACAUCCGUUGUUGUCCCAGUAACUUGAGACUGCUUUGUAUACUUUUGGUCAAAUUUGUGGAUGUAUAAAGAUUUUGUGUAUACUUGGA